GCUGAGAUUGGGAAAAACAGACCGCGCAGCGCGAGCGAAUCGCAGCUCGUGACGGCCGGACCUGCGGAACGCGGAGGGAGAGAGAAGUGGGGGGAAAGUUGGAGCCUGAGGAGAUCUCAGGUGAAAUUUUACCUCACGGGCACCGAGAAACACGCGUCUCCACGGCGCCGAGGAAAGCGCAGAAGAUGAGCGGGGGAGACGUGGUGUGUUCGGGCUGGCUGAGGAAGUCUCCGCCGGAGAAGAAACUGAGACGAUACGCAUGGAAGAAAAGAUGGUUUGUCCUUCGCAGCGGCCGUCUCACCGGGGACCCCGAUGUGCUGGAGUACUACAAGAAUGACCAUGCAAAGAAGCCCAUCCGCGUCAUCGACCUGAACCUAUGUGAGCAGGUGGACGCUGGGCUGACCUUUAAUAAGAAGGACCUGGAGCAUAGCUUCAUCUUUGACAUCAAGACCAUAGAACGGGUCUUCUACCUGGUAGCUGACACAGAGGAGGAGAUGAACAAGUGGGUCCGCUGCAUCUGUGACAUAUGUGGGUUCAACCCGACUGAUGACGACUCUGCAAAACCCUCACAUCCGCCUAGUAGCACUGUGGUGGAUGUCCCCCCACACCCAGCACAUGCCCCUGUGGCCCUUCCACCUCUUGGUGGUGUGCCGCCACCCUACCAGCCUGUCAGCGUGCAUCACUUGGAGUCCUCGUCCAGUCAGGAGGAGCCCCAGGACUACCUCUGGCUGGUCAACUGUGAGAGCAAAAAGCCAGAGUCCAGCUCAGGGCCCUCCUCCUUUUCCUUCACCUCCUCUCCCCAUGGGCAAGGGGACCAGGAGUACUUACUCCUUGAGGAGUGUGAGAGCAAGAAUGCUGUGCAGUCCAGCCUGCCCCAGUUUGAGUCCUCCAAGUCAGUCUCCUCAGACACUGACUGCAACGACAAUGUUCCUCCACAUCGGACCCCCACGUUCUCAUCCUCCAAGCACGCCUCUGUCAAUGGUUUCUUCUCCCAGCCAUCCAGCAUCUAUGACUCUCCACCCCCACGGGCCGCUUCCUUGUCUAUGGACACAGGCCUGUACUUUUUGCCCCGCAGCUAUUCCCAAGACACUGUGCUGCUGCCCAAGUCGUCUUCACCACCCCCUGUGCCUGAGGCAGACUCUUCGACUGAGCCAUGUGCCUCCAGCUUGUCCUCACGUCAACCACCUGUGGAGGCACGGCUCCGCCAGGUGUCACUCAGCUACGACUUCCCCCCUGCACCUGGGUCCAGCUGCACCUACCAGGUGCCCAGGACAGUUGGGUCCGAAGGGGUCCCUCCUCCCCGGCCCCCAAAGCCCUCCCCCGCCGCUCUUCCUGAGCGCUCCCCGACGGACACAUAUGCAGUUCCACGCUCUGUCUCGGAGGCGGACAGUAACUACAGCAUCCCGACAGCCAGUGGGAGCAAGGCCCCUCGCAGCAACACUAUCAGCAGUGUGGACUCCACCCGCCUUAGAAAAGACUAUGGAUCCCAGGAUUUCUAUGACAUCCCCAGGUCAUAUCCGUCUGACAGGAGCAGCUUGUUUGACUUCAAUGAAAGCUUCAACAAUUACUUUAAGAACAAGGGUAUUGUGCCGGUGAGCAGCACGUCAAUGGAGGAGAUCGAUGAGAACUACGUCCCAAUGAGUGCCAAUUCGCCACCUCACCAUCACUCAGGGAGUCUGGCCGAGCCUCCCCAGGAGCCUAACUAUGUGCCCAUGACACCCAGCACGUCAGAGUUUUCCUCCCUGGGCAAGCAAGUUCCCCCACCAGCUCACAUGGGCUUCCGCUCCAGCCCCAAGACCCCACCCCGUAGGCCCAUGCUCAUCAGUGACUGUCAACCACCACCGGUUGACCGCAACCUCAAACCAGACCGGAAAGGUCAGAGCCCAAAAGUACGGGUUAAACCGCUUGUUUUAGAGCGAACUGAUUCACAAACCAUAGGUGAAUUCUCAAGACGUCGUAAGGCUAAACCAGCCCCUUUGACUAUCAAGCCACUGACUGAGUGGGAGGAGCUGCCAGCACCUGUUCGCUCCCCAGUUACCAGGACCUUUGCUCGGGAUCCCUCCAGGUUUCCCAUGCCGUCAAGACCAGUGUCUGUGCACAGCAACACCUCCAGCACUGAUUCUGAGGAGCCUGAUGAGAAUUAUGUAGCCAUGCACAACUCUAGUAUGUCUUCAGAUGAACCAAAUGUGAAGCACAGUGCUCAAAUGAAUACUGAUGGGGGUGGCAGUCCAAUGGUGAAACCUAAAGGCGAUAAGCAGGUGGAGUAUCUGGAUUUGGACCUGGACCCUGGAAAAUCCACUCCUCCACGGAAGAAGAAGAGCAAUGGAACGGGCAGCACCAUGUCGGAUGAGCGCGUGGACUAUGUGGUGGUGGACCAACAGAGGACGCAGGCGCUGAAGAACACAAGAGAGGCCUGGAAUGAUGGACGGCAGUCCACAGAGACUGACACGCUGUCCAAGGGCCCCAAGUGAAUGCAUAGAGCCUGGCACAGAAACACUGAUUUCCCCUACCUUGUACCCGCACACUCCCUGUGCUCCUUUGAGGGACAGAGCCCGUGUCACUCCAGGAGUCUCAGCAUCAUAUGUGCUGCUCUUUGGCCACACGCAGUGCCUACGUGCUUUGAGAUGGCAACAGUCUUGGUGCAGGUUACUUGUUUUCUCCUGUGUUGGAACAAUCUGCUCAUCGUUGGGAAGUCUUGACCAUUGUUGCAGCAGACAAUGGACUUUCUCUCACUACUGGUUUAGCUUUUUUUUUUUUUUUUUUUUUUUCCCCUUCUUCCCCCCCCCCCUUCCUUUUUUGAGUAAACAUUCUCCAGAACAGACUAGUUCACAAGGUUUACUUUUCACAGAUACGCAAGUUCCUUGUCAUUUAAUUUUUGUUAAAGGUAAGACUAAGAUGCUUUUAAAAUGUAUACUGUUUCUAAUUUUUAUCAGAGUAAUUAGAUUCAUGUUCUGUUUUACAGAUUUCAUUUUCUAGGUUCUUUUUAAAUUCAACUGAGUGUGCAGCUCUGCUUUCUAAGUUGGCAGAGAAUCUGCAGAUGACUCAUUUUCUAUUUAUCCAGCGCAAGUGUCACACUUAUGCAAGAAAAAAUGCAACUUGUUUAAAAAGUGUUACAUGUGUUAGUUGGUGUGCUUUGUUGUUAUGAAUCUGUAGUAUGUGAACGCUAAGGUGUAGAUUCUGCAGGAUAGAAUGCUGCACGUUUUCAGAGUGUUGUCAGAUAGGCCUAUGUGAUAUGAAUUUUUAACCAUCAGGAAAAUGGUGAAAUCAAUAACUGUGACAGCUUUUAAUGGGAAGCUAUUAAACUUCCUGUUAAUUAUGCAAGGUAUUAAACUCUACAAUUUUUAAAAUCAGGUACUCAUUGAAAUACUAACUCAAGUAUCCAUUUCUAAUUUAUUUUUUUCUAUCAGUAGUUUAUUUUAACAGCAGCAGUUAUGUAAUUCU